ACAAGUACGUCUGCAAGGCUGUGGUGCAAGGCCAUUUUUGCUGGCUACAAUCGAGGCCUCCGGAACCAAAGAGAGCACACGGCUCUUCUUAAAAUUGAAGGUGUUUAUGCCCGAGAUGAAACUGAGUUCUACUUAGGCAACAGGUGUGCUUAUGUGUACAAAGCAAAAAACAAUACAGUGACUCCUGGAGGCGAACCAAACAAAACCAGAGUGAUCUGGGCAAAAGUAACUCGGGUCCAUGGAAACAGUGGCAUGGUUCAUGCCAAAUUCCGAAGCAACCUUCCUGCAAAGGCCAUUGGACACAGAAUCCGUGUGAUGCUGUACCCAUCCUGGAUUUAAACUAAUGGAGAGUAAAUAAAUAAAAGUAAAAAAAAAAAAACGGUUCUUGCCAAUCAAGCCUAACAACCUAUGUUCAAUCCCUAGAACCCAUAUAAAGGCAGAUGGAAGGAGAACAAACUCCAUAAAGCUGUCCUCUGACUUCCACCAUGUGCCAUGGGAUAUACAGACCCACACACAUUAAUAAUUUUUAAUUAAAUGGAGAAUGGAAGACACUUUACAUCAAUUUCUGUUCAUUCUUCAUGUGCAACACAAACACACAAUACGGAAGACUGACAUAUAAAAUAUGUAAUGUGAAUCAUAAUCAAUGUGAAUUUCCUAAAUCAAGUGGCUUUCUAUUUAUGGUUAGUUCAAUAUUCCAUUACAGUAUAUCUUUCAAGGAAAGGGAACAUGGACGCAGCCUGAGUUGAAAUUUGACUGCAAUAUUGACAGUGUGGACCCCCUUGGCGACCACUGCUGCUUGACAAAGUUCCAGCAUAUCAGGACUGCCGACCACAGUUCUGUAGCAUCCUUUUACCUCAUCUUUGAUUUUGUUAUGGGAGUUCCUUAUGCUUUUUCCUUUGGGAAAUGCUAUAUGAGCUUUGUAUACACAGUAAUCUCUCUAAAUAAGAUAAUCCUUUGGAGGAAAGCCUGUACCACAGAGAAUUAACAGCAUGAUUAACCCUGCCUACUCCCACACAAGAACCCCCAUUGUGCCCUCAGCACCAAGAGUAGAGGUGUUAAAGAUUUAUUAACUGAAAGAUGGUUCCAGGAACUCCUAGGCACUUACACCUACUCCCAAGGAUGAAAGCACACAAUUGACAGAAACAAUGGGAACCCAGAGUCUGAGGCCUUGGCAGUUGAGGGCAAGAGUUCAGUUUCUGAGUAUAGGAUAGUGUCCGCAACUGAUUCCCCGGGUGUGUGACUUACAGAGCAGCAGCCACUGAGGAGGAUGGUAGGCUAAUGAAAGAAGAGUAAGAUACAGGACCUUUCCUUUGGUGAGAGAACGAGGAGAGCAGGCCCAUACUGUAAGAGGAAGGCACACAGGAACCCAAGUAGGAAACAGCUCAAUGCUUAUUGUGCAAACACUGCCUCUUGAGGAAUGAAAAUUGCUCAUAAGGGUGUGUUUCUCAGGACUCAAUGUCUGGAACCUCCUGACCACAAAGGCAGACAGCCUGCAGGAGGGGAUGUAAAGGGUUCUGAAGCUAAGAGAACAACAGGGACUUAGAAUCUUGCUGAACUUAACAAUCUGUGAGAUCAUUUUUUCAACAUUACCUGUGAUUAAGCUACUAUGCAAAUACAGAAUAUAAAAGGUGUAAAGCCUUCAAUAAACCAGCGGUCUUGGCCAAUUUGACUUGUCUUUAGACCGUGUCAGUCUCCUUCCCUGCUGACUCUACACCUCUUUGAGACCUGAACCCUGCUGGAGCCAGACUCUGGCACAUUUACUUUAUGAUCAACUAUCUCAGCUUGUUCACUUGGGAAAAUAAUCUGGGCUGGAAAGAUGGCUCAGCAGGUGACAGUGCACCUGCCUUUUUUUUUUUAAAGAUUUAUUUAUUUAACGUAUAUGCACUGUCACUAUCUUCAGACACACCAGAAGAGGGCAUCAGAUCUCAUUACAGAUGGCUAUGAGCCACCAUGUGGUUGCUGGGAAUUGAACUCAGGACCUCUGGAAGAGCAGUCAGUGCUCUUAACCGCUGAGCCAUCUCUCCAGCCCCCAGUGCACCUGCUCUUACAGAGUGCCAGGUUUGUUUCCCAGCACUCCAAUGAAUACCACACUCUCACACACACACACACACACACAGACACACAGACACACACACAGACACAUUCACACACACAGACACACACACACAGACACACACAUAGACACAUGCACAGACACACACACGCACAGACACACACAGACACACACACAGACACAGACACACACACUCACACACAUAGACACACAGACACACACACACUCACACAGACACACACACACUCACACACACAGACACACACACACAC